GGGGUCCCGGGGGCCGGGGCGGGGCCGGGCUGGCGCUGCGCAGCCGCGGGGCGGCCGCCGCGCAUGCGGGGCUCACACGGCUGCAGCCGGCGCCGCUGCCACUCCCGGGAGCAUGAAGGACCGAACCCAGGAGCUCCGCACGGCCAAGGACAGCGAUGACGAUGAUGAUGUCACUGUCACCGUGGACCGGGACGGCUUCAUGGAUGAGUUCUUUGAACAGGUGGAGGAGAUCCGCGGCUUCAUUGACAAGAUCUCGGAGAACGUGGAGGAGGUGAAACGGAAGCACAGCGCCAUCCUGGCCUCCCCCAACCCUGAUGAGAAGACGAAGGAGGAGCUGGAGGAGCUCAUGUCUGACAUAAAGAAGACCGCAAACAAAGUUCGCUCCAAGUUAAAGAGCAUCGAGCAGAGCAUCGAGCAGGAGGAAGGCCUCAACCGCUCAUCCGCGGACCUGAGGAUCCGAAAGACACAGCACUCCACGCUGUCCCGCAAGUUUGUGGAGGUCAUGUCCGAGUACAAUGCCACGCAGUCUGACUACCGUGAGCGCUGCAAGGGCCGCAUCCAGAGGCAACUGGAGAUCACUGGCCGGACCACGACCAGUGAGGAGCUGGAGGACAUGCUGGAGAGCGGAAACCCCGCCAUCUUUGCUUCUGGGAUCAUCAUGGACUCCAGCAUCUCAAAGCAGGCUCUGAGCGAGAUUGAGACGCGGCACAGUGAGAUCAUCAAGCUGGAGAACAGCAUCCGUGAGCUGCACGACAUGUUCAUGGACAUGGCCAUGCUCGUGGAGAGCCAGACUAUGUGGAGAGGGCCGUGUCUGACACCAAGAAGGCCGUCAAGUACCAGAGCAAGGCACGCCGGGUCAGUAGCCCCCCUCUGCCCAUUAGAGCCCCUGGGGGCCACCACGGGUCCCUCCCCACUCGGCCUUGACCCCAUCUCUGGGCUCUGACCCAAGCCCUCACCUGAGGCCUUCAGCUCCCAGCUGUCACCCCCCACCCCCGCCCGGUACAUUCCAGGCAGCACCUUCCCCAGUUCCAACUCUGGUUCCAUCCCCCAGACCCCCAACCCCCAACUCGGCUUAGGGACCCCUCUCCUUGCAUGCCCCGCCCCUCCAAGCUCUGACCCAGCCCUCAGCCUCCCUCCCGGGUCUGAGGCCGCUCCUUCCUGCCUCCCUGGUGCAGAAGAAGAUCAUGAUCAUCAUCUGCUGCGUGGUCCUGGGCAUUGUCAUCGCCUCCACGUUUGGAGGCAUCUUCGGCUAGAAAGCACCCCACCGGCCACCCCACUCGGGACGGUCUGCCCUCAGGAGGCCCCCUGGCUGCUGCCGCCUUCGGGCUCGGAGCCCCUUCCUUCCCAGCCCACGCCGCCCCUUUCUCUGCCGUAGGGCCCUCCGUACCCACCGUGCCCUGAGCCGUCGUGUGCAUGAUCUCUGUGACAGUGUGUGUCUGUACCGGGGAGCGAGCGGGCUGGGGCAGGUCCGCGGCAAGGACAGACUCAGGCCCUGGCCCAGGCCGCCUCCCCCUUCCCAGGUGGCGCUGCCGGGGGUAGCCGUGCUCCCCUUCCCCCGCCUCCCGUUAAUCCCACCCCAGCCUGGGGUCUGCCCUGGCCUCUGGCCUCUCCAGCUGUGCCCCGAAGCCGAGCCCCCUAAGGGGUGGGGACCAGCUGGCCGCACGGUGCUGCUUUUCAGGCUAAGGAAGGGGUGGCCCUGAGAGGCAGCCCAGCUCUAAGCCUCUACCAGCUGACCACUGCCAGGGAGGCUCAGGGUGCAGUGGCCAGGUGGCUUCUGGCUUUGCCACGACCGGGCUCCCUGCCCGCGUCAGGGCAGAGUCCAGCAGGUCUUGGCCGCCUCAUACUCCCUUCCCACGUUCCCACAGCCCUGGGAGCAAGCCCUCUGGGCUAUGCCUGACCCCAGGUCACGUUCUACGAGAGGCUGCCCGGUGCCUGGUUUCCAGCCACCCUUCGAGCUAGGGAGGCAGACGGGGCCCGGCGGGCCCCUGCCAGAGCCGAAGCCCACGCCCCGGGCCGGCCACCCCCCCCCCGGCAGGCCUCGGUCAGGUUCUCAAGCCAUCGGGUGUUGCAUGUUUGGGACAAUGGCCCCUGCUCUCUUGCGCUCUGGGAAGUCAGACGUCAUUCAGGCCUGCAAUCGCAUCCUGCCCUUGCUGUCCCCCACUAACGUGCCACGUGGGUGUCGGGUGUCUGGGAUGCGGUAUUCAGCAGCCAGCCGGGGAGGAGUACCUCCCUCCUCCGUCUCGGGGCUUCUCAAGUCGGAAACGUGCCCCCACCCAAGAGCCCUCUUCCUCACUGACAGGCUCGGAGUGUGCAUGCGAGUGCAUGCAGUGGGGGAUGGGGCCGCGUCCGUGCCCCGCCUUCCCUCAGCUCUGCUCCUGCCCAGUGACUGUGACCACUGUCCGUGUUGCCUUCUUCAACCGCGACUUCCCUCCCCUCCUUCACCCCUUCACCAAAGGUCUUGGUACAACCAGCUGCCCAUUUUGUGAAAUUUUUAUGUAGAAUAAACAUUUGUAUCUGGAUUUCUUACGGUCACAGCGUCACAGCCUUAGAACUCGGGGGUCAGUGUGCAUAGCACGAAGAGGAAGGAGGGACUCUCCCUCAGCCUCCAGCCUCCAGAUCCUCCGGCUCCUCCGGCCCAGCCUGAACGUCUCCACUCCUGCUUGAAGCCUGAUGCCCGUUCUGUACUGUGGGCCCAUAGCUACCCCCUCUCCUCCUGCUUUUCCAGGAGUCACAAGCGACCCCCAGAUCCCCUCCACACCCCAGGGCAGGACUUAACCUGCCCUUCUGACCACUAGAAAUCAGACAGGAGACAUGCCCCCAAAGACAGGCAACCAAGUGCUGGGCCGAUCAGCAAGUGGUGCAGCUCACGGCCAAAGGUCAGCCCAGG